UAGAUCUUCAUCAAGGUCAGGAUCAAUUCCAUUAAAUUACUAUUUGCCACUGAAAAGCUGUUAUUUUUUAGAAUUUAUUGUUUUAGUAUAUACUCACUGAUCACUGUUUUUAUGUUUAAUUUUCAUGUCUAUUUUUAGCUGUAAUUGGAGAUGCCAACCACAAGGCAAGGGGCUGAGACUCCCCAUAGAAAUGUCCAGCUGCAAGGACCACAGAAGGUUGAUGCAAGAAAAGCUGCUCAGAGCAACAAAAAAGAUGCCGAAAUUGUAAAGCUUACUAGAAGAUCCCAAGCAACACCGGAAACCAGCCAAAACACUCCAAGAAGAACCAGAGGUUCUGAUGUUGAACCAGAAUCUGUAAUGGAACCAGCUUCCAACGAAAGGGCAACCAGGAGGAAUGCAGUGGUCAAAGCCAGUCAUGCUGUCGGACAAACUCAAUCUCCAUCUACAAGAAAGUCAAAACGGACAGCGACAGAAAGUCCCAAAGUUAUCAUAACAAAAAAGCCAAGAACUGAUCAAGAAAUUAAAGUUCCAUCUGCAACAGUAGUUGAAGAUACUUCUAGUGAUGAUGUACCUAAAAGCAAGAACGAAGAUCAAGUGACAGAGGUUGAAACUAAAACUGACAAGGGAGACUUAGUAGAGAUGGGAAAUGAUGCACACAAAAAUGUGGAUAUGGAGUUCAAAAGUUCAAAAACACUUAAAGCUGAGGAUGCAGAGUUAAAAAGUUCGAAAUUGAAAAAAGCAGGGAGAGGUUUAAAGCCUGAAGAUGCUGAUGUUAUAUCACCAAGGAGAAGUUCAAGAGCUGUGGUUCCUAACAGUAGAUUUAAAGAUAUGGUAGACUUGGGCAAGAAGAAAACUGUGAUAAAGACAGAAUCUUUGAAGGAUGUGAAGGAUGCAUCAACAGUAAAGAAGCCAAAAGUUGAUUAUACAUCGAUAAAUGUACAGCAGCAGGCAGAAACUAAUGAAAUUACAGAAGAAAUUAUUACAGAGGAGACCAAGAUUGAUCAACUUGCACAGAUGAACUUGAUGGAUGACACAUUAGUUUUGCCACCAGGUACAACUGGAGCUUCUGAUUUAAUACCUUCAGAAAUGGAAGUUUCUACAGAGGGAAGUAAUAGUGGCAUUAGAGUGAUAAAAUACCCUGGUGCUAAGGUGAUAAGAUAUCCGGCUGACACCAAAGAUGCUGCUAGUAUAAAUCCAGACAUCCCUGAAGAAGUUACAGACAACAUGGAGGAAAAAGAAAUACAGGAUGAAAUAUCUGACUUUACCCACAGUGCCGAAGGUGCUUCUGAUAAUUAUGAUGAAAAUGAUAAAUCAAAACAUUCAAAUAAUCAUAGACAAGCGGGCAAUGUACCUGAGCCACAAGUAAUUGUAAUUCCAGGUGAAACUUGUAUGAGUAAAAUCAUUAUUCCAAAAGAUCCCUAUAGAGCAAGACUGGAACAAGCUUUUGAGAACAAAGGUGGAUCAAUGGUUAUUGGUCCUAGCACUGGGAAAAUUCGAACAAAGAAACUUAUUGUCACGCCUACACAUCAACAUGUUUUAAAGAAAGACCCUCAAAGGGCUCUCAAAGUUGCUGAGCAUGGAGAAAAGAUACAGUCACCAGAAACAACAUUGGGUAAAGCUGUGGGAAAAUCUACUGUGACUUCUGUUAUAUAUCCAUGGACACAGAAACCAGGAAUCAGUACUGGUCAGACCAUACAUACGCCAGAGAAACAACAAAAAUCAGCAGUGCUACCAAGAGUUGAAGAUAGCAAUAAUAAUCAGGGUGAAGAAAAUUCUGUAGAUUUGGAUGGUAAUAUUACAAAAACUAGCAAUGCAUUGCCUGGAGAAUCAGCAGCACAGGUUAAAGCAAAUGUACCACAUGUGAGAGUAGUCUAUGUUAAAACAAAACAGAAAGAUCCAUCAGAAAAAGUACAAGGUACACAUGUAGGUAAAAAACAUGGCAUUCAACUUCAUGAUGGCUCAGGAACUAGGAACAUUAUUAAUAAUUUAAGAAAUAAUACACAAAUACCCAUUGAAGGUAGACAUACCAAGGUAGAAAGAUCUGAAACGUUUGGUAAAGAAAUAAAUACUGACAACAUUAGUUAUAUAGAAACUACAGAUCAAAUAUCAAGCAAUAAAGAAGAUCAUCGAGCUAGUGAAAAUACACAAUUUGUUGAAGGUGUUGAACAGGUUACCAGCGUUCCUGUUGAACAAAACAUCGCCAAUUCUCUGUGUCAAGUUAUUGAAUACAAGCAUCAGCCUCAGACAGCUAUAGAGUAUGUUCUACUUGAUAAUAAGAUGGUACCUAUACAUAAACCAUUACAGGUUGGGGGUCAUCAUGCAAGGGUUCAUUCUGGUAGAAGGGCUGAGAUUGUACAUAGGGCUACACCAGGGCGAGUGGAACCUGGUGGCCAAAAAGAACAAGGUGAUUAUUUUAAGAAGAUCCCAUUAUCUACUGCUCAGAGUGCAAUCAGUACAGUAUUAUCACAAAUUGAAGAUGGUCAGAUUACAUCAGUGCCUAGAAAUUCUCAUACCAAAUUCACAAUUCCAUCACGGCAACAGGGAUCUUCAGACGAAGAGCUAAAUGAGACGUCAUCUGUGAUGCAGCAACCUAGAGUUUUACAUGGGUACAUAGACUAUCCGGUAAAAACUGAUAGCCCAACUCAAAUUGUAGAGAUCAGUACAGAAGCAUUCAAUAAAGAGAUUUAUGGGGAAGAGGUUACAUUGGAUACUGUCACUGGUGAAUUAGUACAGCCAUCAUCUGCUAGUCAAAUUGAAAUAAUACCUAUGCAGACUGUAUCAUUUCCAGAGUUAACAUCUGGGAACCAGUCAACUCAGUCUGUAUCUCUACCUGAAAUAUCAGCUGUAAACCAGUCUGUAAAAGAAGUAGCAGGUGCCCAGUCUGUGCAAGUAAAUGUUGACCAGUCUAUGGAGGAAAAUGGACAGACUGUGGCAGAGGGUUCUGACAAUGGCGGAACAAUAGUUUACUCAGGGUCAGAAGAAAGACAUUCAGGGGAGGUCACUGUAUGGACAGAGGGAACGCCAGUUGUCUCCUCUGAUAGUAACGUGAUGAUGAGUACAUCAGAGGUUCAUGAAGAUGGUAUUUUACAUAUAGAUGGUCUAGACAACUCCCAGAUACCAGAGAAUGCCACGGUGACUGUAGAGAAGCUGGCGUCAGGAGGGGAAAUUGUUAUAAUGCAGAUUAAGGAAGCAGCUGUGUCUAAAACUUUAGAGAAAAUGAAGACGUCCAGGACAAGUAUUAAUGACCAUUUAGUAAAAAGUAUUGGAAGUAAAGCCCCGUCUGUCAUUCGGGCUUCUGUUGUAGGAAAAUCACUGCCCCAGCCGUCUAAGAAGUAUCCGUACAAUGUCAGAAUCAACCCGAGCGUGAUGAAACUUCCGGAAGUGAAAGUUACACCGGUCCGUGCCUAUGAGAAAUCUGAGAUACAGGGUAGUGAGAAAAGUGAAAGCUCUGUUACAGUUGUUUCUAAGACAACUGGUACAAAUACUGAAGAUAAUGAAGCAGAUAUGGAUGAUGAUGAAGAGGAAGAGGAGGGGAUAACAUUGGAAGAAAUUGGUAGAAAGAAGGAUGCACCUUAUCAGGAAUAUAUAGUGGUACGUUUGCCAGAAGGUUCUGAGGUGAAGCAGCUUCAACCUAGACCUAAAAAGGAGAAAACACCACUAGGGGAGGAAGUAACUAUGGAUACUGAUGGAAUGUAUUUCUGUGUCGACUGUGGACAUAAAACUGAAAAUAGAGGAAACUGGUUUAAACAUAGGAGAAAACAUCUAGGUAUCCGCCCACAUGCCUGUCAUAAAUGUUCAUACAGGGCAGCUACAAGUAGUAAUUUAAAGAGACACAUGCAGAUUCAUGACGAUGUUCGUAACUUUCUCUGUGUCUACUGUAAUAUGUUGUUCCGUCAGAAAAUUCAUCUGGAGAGGCAUUUGAAAUAUAAACACGAGGAGAAAAAUGUACAGUGUCCUCUUUGUGACUAUGUGUGUUCCAGUGAAGACCCAGACCUCAAAAAUCAUAUCAAGAGAAGACAUAUGCCACAGGAAGGGGCCUUAAAUGCAUUUACAUGUGAUGUUUGUGGACUUAUGACUGUCAGUAAAAAAGAUUUGAAACAACACAAAAAGUUCCAUAAGAAUGGACCAGAAUUAAAACUGUUUUGCGAGCAUUGUAGUUUUGUAACAGACUGUGUUAGCCGAUUACGGCGGCAUAUGUUAAUACACACAAAAGAGAGACCUUUUCAAUGCGGGCUUUGCACGUAUCGUGCAACGCAGAAAGAGCAUGUUUUGCGUCAUAUGAGGUCACAGCAUGGUGUUGAAGUGGAGCGUAACCAGCGGAGAUCUUUACUAGAAAAGAAUUACAAUAAUCCUCAGGAGAUUCUUAUAGCCGGUAUGGAACAGUCCUCCAGCACAGCAACAACUUCUGCCUCAAAGGAAAGUACAUCAGAAGCAGAUAUAGGGCCCUUUGAGAAGUCGGACUAUUCCAGUACUGAUAAAAUAUUCGCUUGCAACUACUGCUCAAUGAAAUUCUCUAAGCUGAUUAAUCUAUAUAAACAUCUAUAUGCUCAACAUAAACAAGUCAUGCCUGAUGAAGGGCCGAACGAUUUUCAAUGUGUUGUCUGUGACUUUCACACAAACAGUAAAAAGAAUCUGUUGGUUCACAUGAGGAAACAUAAUAUGCAGGACCAUUCCCCACCCACUCACGUUUAUUCUUGUGUUUUGUGUCGAUACAUUAAUCCAAGACGUAGAAACCUGUUCCAACAUAUGAAGAAGAAACAUGGCAUUGAAAUCAUCAUGAAAGAUGAUGGGUUGAAUUGUUACGUCACAUUAGACAAUGCAGCGGCUCAAGUUCAAGGUCAAAGUGUCAAAUCUAGUGUCAUGGCUUUGUCAGAUAUUGUCACCACUCAGACAAUGGAUGACGCAGCUCAGAUGGAGUUCAUGACCGGCUCUGGGGAAGACACUGCUCCAUUUCAUGCAGAAAAGAUUACAAUAGACAACAUAAUGGCAGAUGAAAUGGAAUCGUAUGUGGUCUCAGAUUCAUCGCAUGAACACAGCAUGGUAUCUCCUCAGGUGUCAAUUAGCACAGUUCUUCACGCCUCAGUGCAGGAACAUGAAGCUGCUGAAGCUAUCGAAGGAUUACAGGCUCUUGCAGAGCAGGCAGGAAUACUUGAAACACAGAAUGUGGAUAAUGAUAUGACAUCAGAAAUCGUAUCAUCGGCCAUAGAGAUAGUCUCAACACAUGAAAUGAAUGAAGCAGAAGUUUUGAAUUCCAGUGAGACUAUUAUCAGGGAUGAAGGCACUUUAGAGGAAGUAUCAGCUGAAGGUAAUGAAGGAUUUGAAGUGUCUACGGAACAAUUAAGUCAGUUGGCUACAGGAGACUUUGUUGAGAUUAAUGGUGAAGUGUAUAAAGUUGAAAUAGCGCCUGAAGGUUCAUAGUUGUUGAAAAGUUUUCAUUUGUUAAGUGGUAUAAACUGGUAUGAAAUAAAUGCUUACGUCGCUAAAUUUGUGAGAUGGACUUUAGCUGAAUUGAAUUUAAAAAAGUAAAUUUGUUGUAAAAUGGAUUUUAAUAUCAAAAUGCUAAAUUUAAGCAUUCAACAAUAUUUGGCCUGCUUUGGUAACUUUGCAAGAGCUGGAUUGGCUUAAUAUUUAUGCAGUAACAGAUAGGAUUGUUACUUUCAUGUCUUGAACUUGAAUAGCUAGGACAGCAUUAUAGUAAGGCUAUAAUGUUUACCUGUAUUCACCUUUUAAAUGUUACACAAUAGUACAGUCAUUGUUUUUAUAGACUUAUUUUUUCAUUAAUAAAAUAAGACCUCAUCUUUAUAAUACAUUCAGGUGACAAGAUUUUUAACUCACAUAUAAUUGUUGGCUUUUUUGAAGAUUAUUUAGCUAUACAUUCUAUAUCUACUGAAAUAUCUUUUAUUAAGUGUAAAAUUAUUCAUUUUAAUGAAAAUAUACAAACAUAUUCCUUUCCUACAGGUAUUGUUUAAUUUUUCUUUUUCAAAAUUUUAACAAUUUUGUAAACUUAUAGAAAUAUACAUUUAAAUUCCUUCUAAGUCAUUGUCAGCUGUAUUUCUGGACUGAAGAAUGAAAAUGAUAAUUUUUAUGUCUGUAUUUGACUUAUUUACAAAGUACAUGAAUGAUGAAUUUUAUUUUGACAUUAACUAAAGAUACAGGUGUGUAAUAAAGCCAUUUAAUAAAAACAAAUUUAUUACACUAGUGGCUCACAUUAUAUGAUUUUCUUCGACUUGUUCAAUAAAAUCUUCACUCAUCCAAUAUCCUACAUUUAUACACGUUUGUUAUUUAUAAAAUUAUAGUACUAGAUAAAAUGUUUUCUAAAGAAGUGUAUUAUAAAUCUACCCUCUUAGUUAUGCCUUAGUCUGUUCAUACUGUAAACAAUAUGUAAUAAAAUUCAUAAUGAAUUUUAAGGAACGUCAUACAUGAAAAUCCAUUCUGCAUAGAUUUUCUGAUCAGUGUUUUAUUUGUCAUCUGUUAAGAAAAAUAAACCUAGAUAAUAAUUGAAAUGUAAGAAAAUUUCAUUAUUUUAGUAAUAAUAUGGGAAUAUAUUUAAUACAUUCACCUAGGUUCGUUGGAUUUUGUUAAAAGACAACAUGUCUGUAAACAAUUCAUUAAUAUAUGAAAGACUGUCUACAGUUUUGAAAAAGUUACUAUAUUAAUGAUGAUUUCAUCCUCAAUACUUAAUUCUGUUUUCUUGUAUAUUGUUUUAUGUCAGAUAUUUCAUGGCAUCAUUUGUGAUAAAUUCAAAUGUUUGUGUUUGGUUUAUUUCCCCUUGUGAAUGGAAUUAAGUUCAAAGAACCAGAUGCAUAAUUUAUUACUGUUGUAUAUUUUAACAGAUUCGUUGUUGAACUUCCAACAGACCUCCCUUCCAUACUUCCCUGUCCCCCAAUCCUGCUUAACUUAAUAGGGAAAGUAUCGUAUUUGUAAUCAAAGGUGGGACACAUGACAAUGGAGUUUUCAGACAUCAAGUCUAAUGGUGAUUUGUCUUUCAACUCUGAUUCAGAAAUCAUGUACUAUUGGUAGAUCAUCACUUGCAUAGAAAUUGGUAAUGACUGGUUUGUUACCGAGGAAAUCUAAUUCAGAAGACCGAAAUUUUAUUCAGUAGACUGUCCAUUAUGACUUUCAAUUCAAAUGAUUAACAUAUGUUGAAAUCUGCAUUCAAAUGAGACAAACAAACACAAGAAAAGACAUACUUAAAAGUAGUGUACAAGUGAUUGAUUCUGAGUUGGUCUAGUUACCCCCAAUUAUAACCCAAGACAACUAUUUAUCACAUAUUAAGAUAAAUUAAUAGUGUUUAUUGAUUAAAAAGUAGAUAAAAGAUAUAUUCUUGAUUGAUAACUGUUAAUAAAAAAAUCCUCUUCAGUGAUAAUCUAAGGGGAGUAACUAUGUACUAAGUAUGACAUUACUAAAUAAGAGUUAUCUCCCUGAGGUAGUUAAACAAGUUGCAUAAAUUAUGAGAUAUAAUUCACCUAUAAUAUUUUAACAAUAUGUCUGUGAGAUUUGUAUUUAUGCAUUU